AUGGACGAUCAUGCGGAGGAUGAGAGGCAGAUCACAUGCAAGCUGACCUCCAAGCUGCCCAGCCCAUACCGGGUGCCGCCGGAGCCCCUGGCGCUCCCGUCCUCGCUCACGCGGCUGGGCCUCAGCCAGGUCGUCAACCACCUCCUCGCGCUCGAGGAGCCCCACCCGUUCGACUUCCUCAUCAACGGGGCCCUCCUGCGUCAGCCGCUUGGGGCGUUUCUGCGCGAGCACGAGAUCUCCGCGGAGGCCACGCUGACCAUCGAGUACAUCCCCGCGAUCAAGCCGCCCCAGAGCUCCCACGCGGAGCCCCACGACGACUGGGUCGCUGCGGUGGCGGUGGUGGACGGUGCGGACGCGCCGGGCAGCGGGCGGCGCUCGAAUCCGCACGUGAUCGUGUCCGGCGCGUACGACGGCAUCGUGAGGACGUGGUCGUACGGCGCGGGGGUCGCGGGGCGGUGCCUCGCGGCGCACACGUCGCACGACGGGCCGGUCUCGGGGGUGUGUGUGCACGGCGGGGGGGGGGUCGGGUCGUUCGUGGUGUCGGCGGGCAAGGACGGGCGGCUGGUCGGGCACGGAAUGGACAGCCACGGGGUGCUCUCGGCGCAGGUGGCGUACGAGGGGCACGCGGACGCUGUGGACUGCGUGGCGGCGAGUCCCGGGGGGGAGUCUGUGGUGUCAGGCGGGUGGGACGGCGCGGUGCGCGUGUGGGCGGCGCCGGAGCGCGCCGCGCGGGACGCCGAGCGCCAGGACGGCGACGACGCGGAGGACGAGGCGCCGAAGAAGAAGAAGAAGCGAUCGGGGCGGAACGGCGCAGGCGACGCGGCGCUGCCUGUGCUGCGGUCGCACCAGGCGCUCGAGAAGCACUCGCAGUGCGUGUCCGGCGUCGCGUGGGCGUCGCCGUCGUCGCUGGUGUCGUGCUCGUGGGACCACGCGGCCCGGAUCUGGGACGCGGAGACCGGGGCGUGCGUCGACACGCUGAACGGUGCGAAAGCGCUCUUCAGCGUAUCCGUCGCGGAGGACGGGCGCGCCGUGGCGCUCGCGGGCGCGGACAAGGCGUGGCGGCUCUGGGACCCGCGCGCGCGGAGCCCGGACGGCUCGGUGGUGCUCAAGGCGUUCCACAGUCACAAGGCAUGGGUGGCGGGAAUUGCUUUUUGCGCACAGUCGCCGCACCACCUUGCGACGGCGUCGCACGACGGGACCGUGAAGAUCUGGGACCUGCGCGCGGUCGUGCCGCUCGCGACGGUCGAGGCGCACGAGGACAAGGCGCUGUGCGUGGCGUGGCUGGGCGGGAGUGCGGUGGUGAGCGGCGGCGCGGACUGCCGGCUGGCAAUCCACGAGGUGGGGCUCGCGGGCGCUCUCGGCGAUACGGGCGGGUGA